AUGACUACCAUCGAGGAAGAGUCCGUGAUGGACUUCAUCAAUUGGGAUGCCGCUGGCGCUGACACCGGCUUUGACUUUCAGAAUCCCCAGGGCGUGCCCAACCAACCUGAGGAGAACAACAUGGAUCUCGUGCUCGGAGAUGUCGAAGGCGAUGACUGGUCCUACUGGGCCUUGGAGCACUUCGAGUCCAUCCAGGCCCCCCAAGAUGCCCCCAUGGCAAACUUGGACGAUCCCCUGGCGGCCUUGAACCUACCAGACUUCAACCCUCCAAUUCCAGUUGAGAUGAAAUGGGAGUUCCCAGAAGCCCCUUGUGAGGCUUGCCGCCGACGUGGAUACGAGUGCAAGCGUCUGCGUGAGGGUCAGUACAAGGGCUACUGCACGAGCUGUGUUGCCUUGAGGUGCGAAUGCAGCUUUGGGCCUGACGGACUUCACGCCGCUGGCUCAGAGGCUGGAGAAACCUUUCCUGCCAAUCCUUGGCCGAUCAUGGGCGAUCGUCCAGAGACGUCAAUCCUCCAUGAGGAUGACUUGGCGGCGGCCACAAACCGGACACUCAACCCGCUAGAGUCUGGAGUUCAUAUCGAUGCGGAAGGAAACUUCUCGUCGUCGAAGCCCAUGGCCAAGGUUGGGGCGCGAUUCUCCAGGGAGUCCGUCAGGAUACUGAAGAACUGGGUUUCGACGCACAGUCGUCACCCAUACCCAACGGAGGAUGAGAAAGAAAGUCUACAGAAGAUUACUGGUCUCAACAAGACUCAGAUUACAAAUUGGCUUGCCAAUGCUCGACGUCGGGGCAAGAUCCAACCGACUCGUUCUACCUCGCCACACGUGGGCCGCGGAUACAUACAGGCCAUCGACAUUCCCCAGCGAAGGGGUACGCCUCGGUCUCUGGAGCACAUGAACCCGCUGCAGCGUUGGCAGAACUCUCCGCCAGAGAACGAACCUGCCUCCGUGACGGCCAUUGCCAGGGCCGUGUCGGCUUCCGGUUCAGCAGUGUCAUCCAGCUCGGGACGAAACAGCCCCUACAUCUCAGGAUAUUCGGAUGAUGGAUCAAGCAGGUCGCUGUGCAACCAGUCGUCCGCGAGCAGUUUCUCAAACUCCCAUGGCUCGAGUGGGGGCUCCUUCGCCUCUACCAUGUCUCACCAAUCUCGUGGCUCUUUCGGCUCGCUGCCAUCGUUUGUUCGAAGCAACCGAGGAAGGCGGAGGCGUAGAAGGGCCCCGCCGAGGCCAUCGGAUGAAGCACUACUUCAACCUCUCAAGACCUUUCAAUGCACUUUCUGUACCGAAACUUUCAGAACCAAACACGAUUGGCAGAGACACGAAAAAUCCCUUCAUCUUUCCCUCGAGCGGUGGGUAUGCUCGCCGGAUGGCGCCAAAGCCUUGAAUCCUGAGAAUGGACUCAUGAGCUGUGUCUUCUGCGGAGAAACCAACCCUGACGAGUUGCACAUUGAAUCACACAACUUCUCUGGUUGUGUGGAGCGAACGCAGGAGGAGAGGACAUUCUACCGGAAAGAUCACCUUCGGCAGCAUCUCAAGCUGGUUCACAAUGUCAAAUUUCUACCUUGGUCCAUGGACAAGUGGCGUGUUGCAUCGCCUGAAAUAAGGUCACGCUGUGGUUUCUGCGGCAUCGUUAUGGACAGCUGGAGUGCACGAGUGGAUCACCUUGCCGAACAUUUCAAGACUGGUAACACCAUGGCUGACUGGAAGGGUGACUGGGGUUUCGAUGCCCCGGUCGUCGAUAUGGUCGAAAAUUCCAUUCCGCCCUACUUGAUCCACGACGAUAGGAACAGCCCGAUGCCGUACAUGGCCAGCCAGAAUACUUCCCCUACAUCAUCACCAAGCAAUGCUUACGAACUGCUCAAACUCGAGCUUCAAUACUGGGCUCAUAAUAUCAUUGAGGAUACCGGCCGGUCACUAACAGACGAUGAAGUUCAGCGAGAGGCCUGCCGAAUCGUCUUAGGGGCAGACAUGCUGUCGCGAAGUCCUUCGCAGCAAGCCCCGUCGUGGCUUCGUGACCUGGUCCUCUCUCGAGGAGAUGUCACUCAGGCCGCCAUGUAUCAGUCAUCUAAGAAACAGUCCGAGAACCGGAUGACCAGCCUGUCUGUCAAUGGGAAAAACAACAUCUUCGAGAAUUGCGAAUUCGAACAACAGUUGCAAGAAUAUGUCAAAGCCCGUUCCUUGCUUGGUCUAACAGCAAUGGAUCAUGAGCUGCAAGUCGAGGCCUGCAAGAUUAUUGGGAGAAUGGAAGAGAAGUCUUCAAGUCCAUCCGAAGAUGUCGCAAACUGGAUUUUACGUCUCAUCCACAGCUCUACGAAAUGGCUCGAAGAUUUCCGCAAGCGAGCACACCUACCACGCAGUGAAGACAUUGUUGACUCCAAUCACCGAUCCACGGAUCCAAGCCUGAUUGACUCGACAAUCCACAACUUCAGUAGGCUGGAGCGUGAGUUGGGAGAGUUCAUCCAGACCCAAAGGUCCAUGGGCGUCGAGCCUCUGGAUGCCGAUCUGCAACGGCAAGCCCGUCUUAUCAUCUACGAUAAUGAUGAUAACUGGAAUCAGACAGCUGCAGACGACUCGGAGUGGCUGGCUAACUUCAGGCUACGUCACUCAUCUAUCGAUACAGAUCUCACUGCCACCACUUCUAGCGGGUCCCCAUCAAGCAGCCGAGCGGCCCCCUUUCAGCAGCUGUAUAGCUUGCAGACUUCUCGUUCUCCGAAGGGGGUACCCACUGCGACAGCAACCUUCACCCCACCAGCGCGAGCCAUUAAGCCAGGUCCCUUCUUCCUCAAUGACGCGAACUGUUUCCAGCGCUUGGCUAAGGGGUUGACUCGGUAUGCGAACUCCGUAAUGUCUGCGAACAACCCAAAUCGCCACGUGCCUACAGACGAAGAACUACAACAUCAAGCUCGGUGGAUUAUCUAUGAUGAAGAUGAUCCAUGGAAUCAGACUGCCGCAGACAACGCCGAAUGGUUACAGCGUUUCAAACGCGACGUUGGAAUAUUACCCCCGGAGUCCGGUCCCGGGUUGACUUGUGACAUUUUGCCAUGGACUGCCGCAGAGGGAGGCACCGGGUUCGCGCCCCCAUUUGUAUCGCUCAGCCCGAAUACCACCGUCGAACCUCUGAAAGAGAACCCAAAGAUUUUCUGCAGGGAUAAUGCGAAACCUUUCGAGCCCGACGCGGCUAUUGUCAACCGCUACUUGCAGACACUUGGCCAACGAUACCCAGCACCGGCCAAGAUUUUCUGCUCGAGAGAGCUUGAAAAUGGAUUGACGGAGUACGUCAAACGCGAAACAAUCAAGACGGGCAUGAUGCCAAGUAAUGACCAACUGCGCGAGCGUGCACGAGCGAUAAUGGGGAUGCAGAAGACUGCAGCGGAUGAUACAGAACUCCUUGAGAAGUUUAAGGCUGCAAUUACCGCUCCCGCUUCGAACACGAAUCCCAUUGUGUCUCUAGACGGAGCACAGCAGCAGACAUUGUACACUGCCCCUAACGGAUCAUCGGCAACUGUGCCAACAUCCACGGCGCAGGAUAUUCUUGACAUACUCCCACCAGGAGCAAAUGUUAAUAUGACAGACCAGCAAGUCAGCGAGAUCUUGCAAGAUAUUGAUACCAGUUUCGUAACCGGGAUCAACUAG